AGAAGCACACAACUAGAACAGCAGAUGACAGAAGUAAGGAUUGUACCGCCACCAAGGUCACCAAUGUCAAGUCGACCUCCACCCACUUCAGACCCAGUUAGAGAAACUGCUUCUCUCCAGCCUCCUAACUGUUAUCGCACACGAGUCAAACCUGGUUCUCUGGAAUACAAGGAGAUUGAAAGACUUCUGGGUAGUUCUACUAGCCGAGACAUUCCGCUUAUCAGUCAGAUAGAAAAGAUAGUUAGUGAUGCUCUUUGGGAUAAGUAUAAGAGGUACAGGGAAUUUGGCAAAUGACUGAUGGUCCUUCUCUCGUAAAUGUCAACAUGUCUGAAGUUGAGCACCUGGAACGCUGAGGCCAAAUAAAAAUAAUAGUUGGUUUCAGGUUUCUUACUGACCUGUCAAAAAUAUGACCAACCAUAAACAUUUUAUUGACAUUUUCCAGUUGAGAUAAUCUUUUUGCAAAUGGUAGUCUAGUAGAAUAUAUAAAUAGUCAUCAGACUCAUUUGUCUACAAAUUAUUUUGUUUGCUUAUAAUUUAAUCAUCAAUAAAAACUAAGAGUUUAUAAUGAGUUUUAACUUAUAUUUAUUGCAUACUUGAGAUAAAAUAUUUUUUAAAAUAAAAUGUUUUGCCGACCUACCUAUACCCAUAUAAAACAUGGCUGUGAAACCUGAAACUAACUAUUAUUCUUAUCUGGUCUGAGUGAAACCAGCCCUAUACCAUCUUAGUUCUCAGAGUUCUUUGUUUAUUCAACAGCAAAAAGAAAUCAAUGACAGAUGAGCUUCGAAUAGGAGAAAAUCUGAACGAUCGUAGGCUGUUUAUACCAUGUCUAUCUGAAGAUAUUGAGGGAAUUAUGAGAGGAAAUAUCCAUGAUUGCAGUAUUAGCAGAAUCCUACCUAAACCAUUCGGUCCACGAUAUUACUUCACCUCCAAUGCGUCGUUAUGUAUACAGUGGUGUAGAGAGUAUCUGGCAGGCUCUCAAGUCUCUCUCAUCGUAUGUCAAGUCUUGCUUGGAUCCUCUACCCAAGGUUCACAUGGUUUGAAAGAAUUCCCUCGUCGUCAUGAUGGGAAGUUCUAUGACUCGUUGGUAGACAACAUAGACGAUCCUUCUGUCUUUGUGAUUGAAAAUAUUGACCAGUGUUAUCCAGCAUUUGUUCUCGAUAUUUUGUACGCCGCUACUCCAGUGAUGGAGACACAAGCAAUGCUACAAGGUUUGAUUUAUUUAUUUAUUUGUAACACCAUAGAUGGUUAAGCGUUUUUUUACAGUGUAUGGUGGC